AUGAAAAAACCCGAACAAACUUCCAUAACAAAUUGGUUGUACAGUAAUUACCUUGGAGAAAAAGCCUUUAAACGAGGUGAUUUUAAAAUAGCCCGGGAUUACUUCGAGAUGACUUUGAAUGAAGCCAGAGAGAUCAGGAAUAAAAACGCAGAAACAGUUAGCCUUGGCAACCUUGGCCUCGCCUAUCACCAUCUGAGUGAUUUCAAAAAAGCAAUCGAGUUUUAUCAGCUGGCUCUAAAAAUCGCAAAAGAUACUGGAAACAAAGAUCAACAAGGAACUAGAUAUAACAACCUUGACAGUGACUAUCAGUCUCUCAGUGAGUUCAAAAAAGCAAUCGAGUUUUAUCAGCUGGCUCUAAAAAUCGCAAAAGAUACUGGAAACAAAGAUCAAGAAGGAACUAUACAUACCAACCUUGGCCUUGCCUAUCAGUCUCUCAGUGAGUUCAAAAAAGCAAUCGAGUUUUAUCAGCUGGCUCUAAAAAACGCAAAAGAUACUGGAAACAAAGAUCAAGAAGGAACUAUAUAUAACAACCUUGGCACUGCCUAUGAGUCUCUCAGUGAGUUCAAAAAAGCAAUCGAGUUUUAUCAGCUGGCUCUAAAAAUCGCAAAAGAUACUGGAAACAAAGAUCAAGAAGGAACUAGAUAUAACAACCUUGGCAGUGCCUAUCAGUCUCUCAGUGAGUUCAAAAAAGCAAUCGAGUUUUAUCAGCUGGCUCUAAAAAUCGCAAAAGAUACUGGAAACAAAGAUCAAGAAGGAACUGUAUAUAACAACCUUGGCCUUGCCUAUCCGUCUCUCAGUGAGUUCAUAAAAGCAAUCGAGUUUUAUCAGCUGGCUCUAAAAAACGCAAAAGAUCAGGAAACAAAGAUCAAGAAGGAACUAAAUAUAACAACCUUGGCACUGCCUAUCAGUCUCUCAGUGAGUUCAAAAAAGCAAUCGAGUUUUAUCAGCUGGCUCUAAAAAUCGCAAAAGAUACUGGAAACAAAGAUCAAGAAGGAACUAUAUAUAACAACCUUGGCCUUACCUAUAAGUCUCUCAGUGAGUUCAAAAAAGCAAUCGAGUUUUAUCAGCUGGCUCUAAAAAUCACAAAAGAUACUGGAAACAAAGAUCAAGAAGGAACUAGAUAUAACAACCUUGGCAGUGCCUAUCAGUCUCUCAGUGAGUUCAAAAAAGCAAUCGAGUUUUAUCAGCUGGCUCUAAAAAUCGCAAAAGAUACUGGAAACAAAGAUCAAGAAGGAAGUAUAUAUAACAACCUUGGCCUUGCCUAUCAGUCUCUCACUGAGUUCAAAAAAGCAAUCGAGUUUUAUCAGCUGGCUCUAAAAAUUGCAAAAGAUACUGGAAACAAAGAUGGAGAAGGAACUAGAUAUAACAACCUUGGCAGUGCCUAUCAGUCUCUCAGUGAGUUUAAAAAAGCAAUCGAGUUUUAUCAGCUGGCUCUAAAAAUCGCAAAAGAUACUGGAAACAAAGAUCAAGAAGGAACUGUAUAUAACAACCUUGGCCUUGCCUAUCCGUCUCUCAGUGAGUUCAUAAAAGCAAUCGAGUUUUAUCAGCUGGCUCUAAAAAACGCAAAAGAUCAGGAAACAAAGAUCAAGAAGGAACUAAAUAUAACAACCUUGGCACUGCCUAUCAGUCUCUCAGUGAGUUCAAAAAAGCAAUCGAGUUUUAUCAGCUGGCUCUAAAAAUCGCAAAAGAUACUGGAAACAAAGAUCAACAAGGAACUAGAUAUAACAACCUUGGCAGUGCCUAUCAGUCUCUCAGUGAGCUCAAAAAAGCAAUCGAGUUUUAUCAGCUGGCUCUAAAAAUCGCAAAAGAUACUGGAAACAAAGAUCAAGAAGGAACUAUAUAUAACAACCUUGGCAGUGCCUAUAAGUCUCUCAGUGAGUUCAAAAAAGCAAUCGAGUUUUAUCAGCUGGCUCUAAAAAUCGCAAAAGAUACUGGAAACAAAGAUCAAGAAGGAACUAUAUAUAACAACCUUGGCAGUGCCUAUAAGUCUCUCAGUGAGUUCAAAAAAGCAAUCGAGUUUUAUCAGCUGGCUCUAAAAAUCGCAAAAGAUACUGGAAACAAAGAUGGAGAAGGAAGUAUUUAUAACAACCUUGUCGUCGCCUAUAAUUCUCUUAGUGAUUUCCAAAAAGCAAUGGAGUUUAAUCAGCUGGCUCUAAGAAUCGCAAAAGAUACUCAAAACAAAUAUCAAGAAGCAGCUGUAUAUAACAACCUUGGCGUCGUCAAUCAGUCUGUCGGUGAUUUUAAUAAAGCGAUCGAGCUUUUUGAGCUGAGUCUAAGAAUCAAAAAAGAUACUGGGAUGAAAAAUGGAGAAGGACCUACAUAUAUAAACCUCGGCGUUGUCUAUAAGCGUCUCGGUAAUUCCAAAAGAGCGAUGGAAUUUUAUCAGCUAGCCACAAGUAUAGCAAAGGAGGCUGGAAACAAAGAUGUUGAACAAUGCGGAUAUGAUAGACUUGCUCAAGUUCUUUGGUGUCUUGACGAGUACUCCAAAGCCGAGGAGUGUUUUAAAUCCUGUAUUGAACUGGUAGAGGAAAUGAGAGUCCUUCUUGAAGGAAACGACGAGUGGAAAAUCAGCUUUCGGAAUGAACGUGAUUGCGUUCGUCGUUUAGUGAGACUACAGUUACAACAACGCACUGAACGUAAGACACUCGAGGCGCUUUUAACAGCUGAGAGGGGACGAGCAGAAGCUCUUAUGGACCUCUUGGAAUCGCAAUAUGGUGUCAGGAAAUCGAUUCGUUCACAGCCGAAACAGCAGAUGGAACUUAUCAUUUCAAACCAUAUUUCGUCACCCACGUUAUUUCUAAUGAAUGAUACCCAGUCAGUGAAUAUCUGGAUGCUGUUAAAGUGGGGAAAGCUUUGUGACUUUGUGCAACAGGAAGUUAGCAGUGAUGACUUGACAUCAAUGACUUACCAAACAUACAAACAGAUUGGUGUGAACAAAAGCCUGUGGAAAAAGAUUCGCCCCCAGCUGCAGAGAGAGAUCGAAGACCAGGGUGGUGCUUUAAAAGUAUUAUACGACAUAUUCAUCGCUCCAAUUUCACACUCGAUAGGUGACGAACUCGUCAUUGUCCCUGACGGGUCAUCGCUCUUGAUUCCUUAUGCUGCCCUCGUGGACCAAAACUCCAGGGCCGGGUUGUUCGAAGCUGGGUUAAGAUAACCCUGGGUUAGUGCGAAAUUUGAACUCAGAUAUGAGAGAUUAAAAAGCAAAUUCAGUUUAAUUCUCUUUGCCAACAAUUUGAUAUUUGGAUACUCUAAAAAGAAUAGAGAAAAUUAUCCGAGAGAGUGCUUUUGAUAAAAAGAUAAAGAAACCGGGGUUAAAAUUUAACCCUGGGUUAGUGCUAACCCGCGUUCGAACAACUGGGCCCAGGUAUUUAAAUGAAACGCGUAGAAUUAGAUUGAUUCCAUCACUGACAAGCUUAUGGCUGCUGGCAGAAUGUCCGGAGGACCGCCAUAGCUCAUCCGAGGCUCUACUUGUUGGCAACCCGUGGGUGGAAACUGUACGCAUCAAAGGCUGCAAACCGUUUCCGCAGCUUCCAGGUGCUGAGGAAGAGGUAAAAAUGAUUGGGCAAAUUCUAAACAUCGAGCCUCUCACCGGAAAGAACGCCACAAAAGAUCGGGUUUUAAGCGGGCUCAACUCAGUUUCGUUAGUGCACAUAGCAGCUCAUGGUCGUACAGAAACCGGAGAAAUCAUUUUGUCUCCUAAUUUUUCUAGUAGUGCCAAACUUUCUUUUGACGAUGGCAGAUGUGUUGGAUGCAAAAGUGCGCGCCAAGCUUGUUGUCUUAAGCUGCUGCAACAGUGGGCGAGGAAAUAUCAAAGUCGAAGGAGUGGUUGGUAUUGCACGUGCCUUUUUAGGAGCCGGUGCGCGUUCUGUUAUUGCCACACUGUGGGCGAUUGA